AUAUCGACGUUUGCUGAAUCGAAUGGAUUUAUCGUUGGAAUGGAGACCACUAUAUGAUCUCUACGUUAAAUGUAUGCUUGGAAAAUCACCACGAAUACCGUCCGAUGACGACGGCAUCAAUUCGAUCGAGGCGGCUAUUGCAGCGUGCAGGCAAUAUUUCCCGUUGGAAGCAACACGAGAAAUUUUGGACGAGGUUCGCCCAUUCAUUCAUCCAUUUGACGGAAGUAUGAUGCGUGCCACAAGAGUGAUGGCUUUGUUCCUACCAACUCGCUUAACGAAGUCACAACAUGAGAAAUAUGGUGCUAAAUUGUGGAUUGACGAAGCAUGGCACUGGUACACGAUAACGGAUAAUAAUAAUGGAUAUUGGGAGAUCAUGUUGUUGCAUCUGUUUGCAAGACUAUCGUCUGAAUCUUGUGGAUAUUACAAUUGGGCGGAUAAAUUUGAUGUGAUUUUCACUCGUGUAAUGCGAAUGUUCAAUCUGUCAGUUCGUAAAGAUCAAAUCUCAGUUGGUGUAGGUGGUAAUCGCGUGGAUUUAUUCUCCACAUGGAUUGUCUACAUGCUUGGUGGUAAAUCUGAUGGGGCACAAGGCCAUUUGACGCAAAUGCUGAAUUCACUUGAGCCAUACUUUCAUCCGUCCAAUACCGGCGAGCAUACCGAACGUUUGCUCGUGUUUCUGGUGGCUCUUUGUAACGCGUUUGUGUUUCGACUUCACAAGGAACGCUAUUGUCACGUCGAAGGUCACGAUAUUCCGCCGAGUAUGAAGUUGACUGACGCUCAAGUGGAUAUGUUCGUAGAGUCCAUACUGCCGUGUGCCGAAUGGACUAUCUUUGCAAAAGGUGAAAACGGUCUGACGCCACAAAUAAUGCGCUCGUUGGCAUUCCUCUCACCCGGAAUCGUGUUGCCGUCGAUUUUGGAUGUCGUCUAUCCGUCACUUUCGACGCUUGUUGAGCCACAUCGCUUGGUGGAAUCGUUGAAUUGCCUCGUGGCUGUGUGUGUACCGUUGGCUCGAGACGAUGUGCUCGGACGGAAACGACGACCGUUGAGUGAUGCAGUCGAG